UACGAUGACGUAGUCAGGAAGAGCUCUCCAGCCAAGCAUCUGGUUGAUCUUAGCUAAGCUGUAACUCUUAUAAGUUAUUGUUUCAGUAUUUAUGUAAUUAUUCAGGACACAAGUCGUUUGUGCUUUUGGAGACAACCAUUCACUGCCUUUAGUUAAACUUUUCAUCAUUUGGGUUGACUGGAGGUUAACCGAUUUGGACUUUCUCAACAGUGACCAAAACACAGUAUGUGAGUUUGUUUAUCCUAGCCAGCCAGCACUGUGUGAACUUCCACCGAGGCUUUUUUUCCCUGCAGUCCAGUGUUAACAUGUUGCCCGUUCACGCUGCCUGUGCUUUGCUAUUUGUUGCACCCCUGCUGGUGCUUGGUGUUCCUCCUAUUUGGACCCAGCCGGAACAGGUGCACCUCUCCUAUGGAGGAGUGCCAGGCUCUAUGGUAGUGACCUGGACAACCUUCAAUAAGACAGAGAGCAAGGUGGAGUACAGCCUUCUGGGGGCUCAGCUCUUUGAGCUGAGCGCCAGAGGUGACGCGACUCUAUUUGUUGACUCAGGAAAGGAAAAGAGGAAGAUGUUCAUCCACAGGGUCACACUCACAGGCCUCAAGCCUGCUGCUUCUUAUGUCUACCACUGUGGCAGCGAUGAAGGCUGGAGCGAUGUGUUCUUCUUCACUGCUCUCAACGACAGCACUAGUUUCAGCCCCAGGUUUGCUUUUUAUGGUGACCUGGGCAAUGAGAACCCCCAGUCUCUGGCUCGACUGCAAAAGGACACGCAGCUUGGCAUGUACGAUGUCAUCCUACACAUAGGGGACUUUGCCUAUGAUAUGCAUGAGGACAAUGCCAGGAUUGGAGAUGAGUUCAUGAGGCAGAUCCAGUCCAUAGCCGCCUACGUGCCCUACAUGACAUGUCCAGGCAACCACGAAGCUACAUACAACUUCUCCAACUACAGGAAUCGCUUCAGCAUGCCAGGCCAGACUGAGAGCCUGUGGUACAGCUGGAACCUGGGGUCAGCACACAUAAUCUCCAUUUCCACUGAGGUUUACUUCUAUCUUAAAUUUGGCCUGGACCUCCUCUUCAAGCAGUACGAAUGGCUGGAGAAAGACCUGGAGGAGGCCAACAAGCCCGAGAACAGAGCGGCGCGUCCUUGGAUCAUAACCAUGGGACACCGCCCCAUGUACUGCUCUGAUGAUGACCAGGAUGACUGUACUAAUUUUGAUUCCUAUGUCCGGCUGGGGAGGAAUGACACCAAACCACCAGCUCCAGGUCUUGAGGAUCUAUUUUACCGUUAUGGAGUGGAUGUGGAGUUGUGGGCCCAUGAGCACACAUAUGAGAGGCUUUGGCCUGUCUACGGUGAUAAGGUGUACAAUGGGAGCAAAGAACAGCCAUACGUAAACCCCAAGGCCCCAGUCCACAUUAUCACAGGCUCUGCUGGCUGCAGAGAGAGGACUGACAAGUUCAAUCCAAACCCCAAAGAGUGGAGCGCUUUCCGCAGCACAGACUACGGCUACAGCCGCAUGCAAGUGGUCAAUGGAACCCACCUGUACUUGGAGCAGGUGUCUGAUGACCAGUAUGGGAAGGUGAUUGACAGCAUAUGGGUGGUGAAAGAAAAACACGGCUUCUCUGCCUGGGUAUGAAGACUGUUGGUCUUUUUUUUUAAACCGCUCACAAAAAGCACUUUGUGCUGAAAACAAGCACUAUUUUUCCUUCCAAACCGAUUAUGCAGUGAUGAUCAAAGUUAUUCCUGCUCAAUGAGAUUUUAUAAUUUUCAGCACUGAGGACACUGAGCUUUAUCUAAUUUUUAAAACCACCUGAGAAUAAUUUACUGUAAAUGUACUGUAUAUAAUGUGACUGUAAUUUUCUGAAAGGCUGCAAUAAAAAUGUCUUAUAUUUGA